CCGACCCCGCCGGCUCGUGGCCCGCGCCAUGCCAGGCGCUGCUCCAUUCUAGUGCCGCCGUGUCCGUUGCCCGCCUGCCUGAAGCCGCGCCCACAGCCCAGAGCCAGAGGGAUGGUGGUAGUCACGGGGCGGGAGCCAGACAGCCGUCGCCCGGACGGUGCAAUGUCCAGCUCCGACGCCGAAGACGACUUUCUGGAGCCGGCCACCCCGACGGCCACGCAAGCGGGGCAAGCGCUUCCCCUCCUGCCUCAAGAGUUUCCUGAAGUUGUUCCCCUUAACAUUGGAGGGGCUCACUUUACCACACGCCUGUCCACCCUGCGGCGCUACGAAGACACCAUGCUGGCAGCCAUGUUCAGCGGGCGUCAUUACAUCCCCACCGAUGCCGAGGGCCGGUACUUCAUUGACCGGGACGGCACACACUUUGGAGAUGUGCUGAAUUUCCUGCGCUCAGGGGACCUGCCGCCCCGGGAACGUGUGCGGGCUGUGUACAAAGAGGCCCAGUACUACGCCAUAGGGCCCCUCCUGGAGCAGCUGGAGAACAUGCAGCCACUGAAGGGGGAGAAAGUACGCCAGGCAUUUCUGGGACUCAUGCCCUAUUACAAAGACCAUUUGGAGCGGAUUGUGGAGAUUGCCCGUCUGCGUGCAGUACAGCGAAAGGCCCGCUUUGCCAAGCUCAAGGUCUGUGUCUUCAAGGAGGAGAUGCCCAUCACCCCCUAUGAGUGUCCACUUCUGAACUCUCUGCGCUUCGAACGGAGCGAGAGUGAUGGGCAGCUGUUCGAGCACCACUGCGAAGUGGAUGUGUCCUUUGGGCCCUGGGAGGCUGUGGCUGAUGUUUAUGACCUACUGCACUGCCUGGUCACAGACCUCUCAGCCCAGGGCCUCAUCGUGGACCACCAGUGCAUUGGGGUGUGUGACAAACACCUCAUCAACCACUACUACUGCAAGCGCCCCAUCUAUGAGUUCAAGAUCACAUGGUGGGCUGGAUUAUACAUUUCAGAGGCGCCUUUUGGAGAUUCCCUGAGUCAAGCAGGCAAGAUGUCUACAUCUGUUGUCUUUGAGAUGUAACUUCCUUUCUGGAGGCUCAGAAUACCUCCUUGGCUGCCAUUUCUUCUUUCAGGAUCCAGUUGGUGGUAAAUCCCCUUUUUUUAAAACAAAUCUUUUUUCUUUUUCAAUUACA